CAAGUAUAAACUUUUUUCAGCAGAUGAAUGAUGUUUUUAUACAUUUAUAUUGUCCUCCUCUUAGAGGUGCCAGCAGCUGUGCUGGGAGUGAGUUUGGAUCAAGGUCCAAAGGUUUUGUUUAAAGGAGUGGGCAAAACUAUAUAUCUGCCCUGCAAAGUGACUGGUCUGGGCACUUCAGAUUAUAUCCAUUGGUACCAAGUUAAAGAGGGUGAAGCCCCAUCGAGACUACUGUAUAUCACUCAAGGAGGUAGUGUUGCUCGUGAUACCAACAAUCCCCAAGCAACUGACUUCACAGUGGACAAAACAAAGCUUUAUGAUCUAAAACUGAGUAAUACUCAGAAGAGUCAUUCUGCCGUUUACUUCUGCGCCUACUGGGACACAAGCAGCAAAGUCUUUGGUUCGGGUACAAGACUUUAUGUGACAGGUUCACCGGUUAAGUCACCAAAGUUGUAUGGAUACCUACCGUCAAAAAAUGACAAACGUGACAAACAGACAAUGUUAUGCCAGGCAAGUGGCAUGUUUCCUGACUUGGUGAAAUUCACAUGGAAAAAAAAGAGCGAAACAGGACAGUUGACGGAUGUACCAGAGGAAAAUGUUGUGGAACAGACUAACAAAAAUGCAGUCACUGUGACAAGUAUGAUGAUUAUAGAUAAAAACACGGCCGAAAACAACGACUACCAAUGCACUGUUGUCCAUGAGGGAAUCACUGAUAAACUCCAAACUCUUGAAAUGAAGAGAGAAGACAGUAAUCCAUCAACGGAAUCUAAAGAUGGUCAGAACCCACCAACAUGUCCACCCAGCUCUGAGGGGACCAUAAAAAAGCAAAUAUCAGGAGAUUCAGAGCAAAUACCCAGUAUGUUCCUGUUCAUCUACGCAUAUGGUGUCAUGCUCAUGAAGAACGGAAUAUAUUUUUGUGCUGUGUCUAUCUUUCUAUUAAAGAGAAAAGCUGGAAGAAAGAAAGACGAAAGCUCUUAGAGAAUUAAUGCUAAGAUAAGAUAAAUAUCAAGCAAGCAAAGGUUUAUUAUAUAAAGCACAUUUCGCUGACUAAAGCAUAGAUGCAUAUCUAUAUAUUAUCUCUGCUUAACCGUAUUGCUUUUAAAUUCGUUGUAGAUCUGCU